UAUUCCCAUCCGUGAUAAUAAAAACAGAAUAAACAGUAAACACACUCAAAAGACUAAAAACAAGUUGUGUAUAUUAUUAUUUCUUUGAUUUUCCUAAAAUAAAUUUUAAUUUUAAUAAUGACGGCCACUCAGCACAAAACAAAAUGUAUAACUUUAAAAGGAUCAGCUGAAUUAGUGAAGCAAUAUUUAACCUAUGGAAUCAAUAGCAUACUCUAUCAACGUGGAAUUUAUCCUCCAGAAACUUUUGAACCGUUAGAACGUUUUGGUAUAUUUUUUCUAAUGUCAAUUGAUGAAAAAAUUAAAACUUUUUUGGAAACCGUUCUUGGACAAGUUCAAGAAUGGUUGGAACAGAGAAAAAUUCACAAGAUUGCUCUGGUCAUCACAAAUGUUAAUACAAAAGAAGUUUUAGAAAAAUGGGAUUUUAAAGUUGAAUAUGAAAACGAUUCACCGAAUGGUUCUAGUAAUAAUGGAGAAGAAAGAAAAUUGCCAGAAGUUGGAACAAAGGAUAUAGCUAUAAUUCAAAAAGAAAUUAGAGAAGUAAUUCGUCAAAUUACGGGUACAGUAAGUUUUCUACCUUUGUUGGACUGUCCAUGUUCCUUCGAUAUUUUAACUUACACUGUUCCGGACUGUGGAAUUCCAAAAGAAUGGGAUGAAACUCAACCUGCCUUUAUUGCUAACAGUCAAGAAGUUCAGCUCAGAACAUUCUCCACAUCUCUUCAUAAAAUGGAAACCAUUGUCAGCUACAAAAGUUGUUAAAUAUCAGAAAGAAAUGUAAAUUACUUUACUUUUGAUACAUAUUUAAUUGUAUAUAGUUACAAAUUUUUACUUAAAAACUUUUGAUAGACAGUACGUAUUAUGCUAUUAUUAUUAUUAUAAAUCUAUUUAUCAUAUAUUUUGCACAAUUAACUGAUUAAUGAAUUAAUGAUUGAAAUUAAUUAAUUAAUUAAAAAAAAGAAUCUUCUUGAAUCAUAUUAUAAAUUAUUAUUUCGACGCCUCCCGUUGAUAAAAUGCUUAUUCAGUUCUCAAUAAAAUAUAAUUUUAACUUCUAGAUUGACAUAGAAUUUAUUAAAUAAAUUCUCUAUUGAAUUAGACUUAAAAAUUAUUCAAUCGAGUCUUCAUUUUUAUUCAUUUUUUCUACCAAAAGCAUCAAAUAUCUACUUAAAGAAUUAUGAAUUCAAAGAAUUUAAAUUAAGUUUUAUUUUUUAUCUUUAACAAAUUAUUACUUUUUUCCUUAUUUUUAAAUUUUGUAAGAUUAAAUUUUAAAAAUAAAAACUCGAAAUUUAGAAUUUUCUACGAUUUUAAAAGUUUCGAAUCUUAUUUUGAACUGUUAAAUAUUAAUUACAGUGAACAACUGAAAAUCAAAUAAUAAUUAUGUCAGGAGUAGUUGUUAAAGAACAUUGAAAUUUUGUAUAUUAUUCAAAAGUCGAUUAAUAAAUUAUGUGAACAAUUUUUUUAAA